AUGCCUCCACGCCGCCGAUCCUGCUUACCGUGCCACAUUUCAAAGCAACGAUGCAGUCGCGAAGUGCCUUCUUGCCAGUCUUGCGUUGCGCAGGACCGUGAUCAUUUGCAGCCACGACGAGCCAAGCGACGGGACCAGCGCAAAUCCGCCUUGAAAGGUCAUCAGAUGCAAUCCCCAGAGCCGCCCAACAAUGGGACAACAGUCCUACAAGAUUGCGGUCAACCUGCCAUCCAGCAUCGAGGCGAAGAACAAGCUCCCCGCGUCCAUCAAGCAUCUUUUGUGCAGGGCACUAAAUCCCGUAAAUUAUUCACAGAAGAACGCUUCUUCAAAGGGACCUAUGGGAAAGUGAACAACGCCCUACACACAACCGCCAAUGACUGUCUCCCUUCUACGACCCUAUCCGAGAACGUCUUGUGCCAAUCAAAAUUUUGUUGGACGUUAGCAUACUUUGAGAUGCCCGUCCCGGCUACCUUGCCAUUAUCAUACCAAAUCCAAGGCCCAACUUCAUGCUUUGUUGCAGCUGAGAAGAAGCCGCAUACGAUUCACCAACUCCUGCUUGUACUGAGCUACCUCUUCAUUUCUGCGAUGCUUCCCGAGGAUGAAGGGGCAUUGUGGCGUAUCAUCUAUCGGAACGGAAACGACUGGGAAGAAGGGUUUGUUUUACAAUAUGAUGGACUACUGUCAUGGUUCAUCCGCGCACGCGAGGCUUUAACCAGAUCUGAAGCCCUCCACAGCAUGUCUCUGGAAGAUUUGGAGCUCCAGAUUAGGUACAUCCUGUUCAUUCUAGGACAGCAUGCAUCGUGUCAUUUAGCUUCCUUCACACAUUCUAUCAGCGACCACUUCCUCCAUACCGGCCUUUUGGAACCAAAGUAA